UUACAGAAAGAUAGUUUUAAAACAGUGUGCUGCUGAAUGACUCUACAAUAAUACGUCCAGUAUAUUAUUGUGUACAAUGAAAAGUUUAAGAAAUUUCAACAAUCCACAAUUGAAAGGAAUUUGUACGAGUUUAAUACUGUGUAGCAUACUUUUAUGGACAAUAUAUCAGAUAUUGCAAUUAGUUGGAUCACAUGAUACACGAUUAAAUGAUACGUCAGUAAAAACAACACCCGAAGAACUACGUAGAAAACAAGACCUACAAGGAAGUAUUAUUCCAGAUGAUUUAACGUUUGUUGACAAUAGAUGGAAAUUAUCUAACCUUUGUAAACCAUACAAAACGUUCUUAAAUGACAGUAACUUCCCUUUGAUUCGUUAUAGCUCAAAUGCUGGGAGUGUGAAAAUAUUUACACAUGCUUUAAGCGACGGAAUAUCGUCUAUUAUCAGUAGAGCGGGUGCUUUUGAAGUGAAAACAAUAAACAGAGUAUUGUAUGAGCUACAGAAAGAUACAAAUAUAAAUUUAAUUGACAUUGGAACAAAUGUUGGACAGCAUUGUAUAGCAGCAGCACUGAUUGGUAGGGACGUGAUCGCCAUGGAUGCGGCGAAAUCAAAUAUCGAACACGUAUGCGCAUCUGCCAAUUAUCUUAAUCUUGGUUCGCGAAUAACAUUGAUUCAUAACAUUUUGUCCGACUCGAAUGGAAAACGAAAGUUCCGAUACAGUGCCAGCAAGUCGGAUUACGGUUCAAUACAUGUUGAUUCGGAUGGAAUUUGGGAGAAAAUGAAAAAGCAAUACAACACAUAUUUUAGUCUUAAAACAGAAGAAGAAAAUUCAGCCACGUUAGACGACCUUUUUCUCAUUCCACAGAUUCAUAAGUUUAAAAAAAUAUUUAUAAAAAUUGAUGUUGAAGGUCACGAACAUAGGGUUCUUAUGGGUGCUAAAGAAUUUUUUAAAAGAUUAGAAGUGCAAGGUAUAAUUAUGGAGUGGGCGUGGCAUGUAAAGCGGCAGUCGUCGGAAAUGAUAAAAACCUUAAUGGCUGAAUGGAAAUUCAAACCCUAUAAAUUCUUUUCCACAUCCGAAAGCGAUCUUAGUUCUAUACAUUCUGACAGGUGGCCACAAGAUAUUCUAUGGCUUCCAUUUUAGUUUUCUUAAAGUAACUUCAAAAUGGGGGUAUGAUAUUUUUCUUAAUAAAUAAUCUGAUUUCAAAAUUAGAUGCCUGUGUACAUGUGGUACUAAAAAUGUGUUCGAAUAAAAG